AUGAAAACAUCGGCCCAUUUUUCCUCACCGCCAAAAGCACCUCCCAAGCAUCCAAAACAACCCUCCUUCCCUGCUCUCCCUGACUUCACACCACCCCAGUUUUUCCCUGCACCAAGCCAACUCACUUCCGCAGCCAUGAGGACUCGUCAUGCAAUUCUCCUCUCAGCGCUCGCACUCCUAGCACUGGUCGCCGUGGCGGACGCGCAGUGUUCGUCGACCUUCGAGGCUUGCGAUUUUUUCUUCCAGGGAUUCCGCGCUAAGCCGCCCACUUUUGUCCUCUCCAGGCGCCAAGUCAAUCAGCUUCUCAGCUCGCCCAUCUUUCACAGGAAGGGGUUUCCCGUGAUCACUGCCAACAACAAUGGCAACCGUAGCUGCGAGGUGGGCCCCAAGUGCAGCCCGACGUUUUUCUUCCGCAACCAGUACCCCGGCCCGCUCUACGUGAACCGCGCCAACCGCCUCGCGGCGCACCCCAUCACGCCUGAGAACAUCAUGCAAUACCAGGGCAAGUGCAUCCUGCUGUACAUGGACAACCUGCAGAUGAACCAGAUGGGCUGGCUCAACCCCAACGACAACAAAAAGGGCUUCCCCGAGAACCGUCGGUGCAUCGUGUACUAUACGAGGGUCGGGAGGAAGUAG